UGUACUAAUUGUAACUCGGCCCAAGUGUUUUAAUGGAAAAGGAGAAAACUUUGAUGACAAAACCAGAGAAAUCCCUAAAGUAAAGAAAAAUGGAAGCCACUGAAACGGUUCUUUGCACGUUGCUUGCCGUCGACCUCACUGACUAUUGCUACAGAGUUUGUUCUCGCUGCCAGAGAGUCCUUCCCUCAGACAAGAAUGGCGUUACCUCUUCAUCACUAUGCCAAUUCUGCAAAUCAAAAGAGCCCAAAUUGCUCUACCGGAUUCUCAUGUCUAUAGCAACAGAUACAUCAGUGAAAACUGUGAUCUGUUUUGAUAGAGUUGCGACUGUUCUCUUUGGUUGUUCAGCUGAUGAGUUCUUUCACUUCACCAAGCUCAAUCCUUUAACCGCAUCAAUGGUGAAUCAGGUCUUUGAUGGAGAAAUGCUAAGGGUGACAUUGACUCGGCCUCACAACCGAAACGCUCAACACAUGAGAGUUGCUUCUAUUGUUCCUCUAAGAUCAGGAUUUCAGCCUGCAAUUGUAACCUUGAGAGAGAUUUUCACAAAGAAUGCUUCUUUGGGGAGUUGCUCCAUAACAAAUCACAAUCUCUAAUGUUGGAGUAAAACAUAUAAAUGCUACAAGCACAAGUUGUUUGAUCUCAAAUACUAUGAUUCGUUGCUAAGUCCAUUCUACCAUCUCUAUUGAUCAAAUCCUUCGUUAUCAUCGAAUUCGUGGUUAAAUGAUGCUUCAAUCUUUGUGAAAAGAACCUAAUUCAUCACGCUUCAAUCUUUCAGAGGAAGGAGUAUCCAGAACAUACAGCCUACCAAACGCCGCCGCUGUUUUCUGAUGAUUAGCUUAAUAUCUAUCUAGACAAUUACCAUAUGCAUGAGGAUAGAGAUAGUUUCCAGAAGUAUGAUCAAAUUAGCUGCUCUGAUUAUCGGGUUGUUUAUAUGGGUGGAAAAGGAUCUUGGACACCUCUACACGCUCAACUUUUGUAUUGGAGAGUGCUCUAUUAAGGUUCUCCAACAGAUUCUAGUUAAGUUGCAUCAGUGUAACAAAUCUGUUAUGUGAUCUACUGCACAAAAUAUUGACAAGAAGGGCAUGUCACCUUGCCAAGCAGGCGUUCGAUGAUGCUAUCUAUCUCAGAGCUUGACACUCUGAACGAGGAAUCAUACAAAGACAGCACCUUAAUUAUGCAACUCCUUAGGGACAAUCUGACCUUGUGGACUUCUGACAUCCCAUAAGAAGGAGCAGAUGAUUCCCAUAAGACGAACGGUUCUGCCAAAGCCAGUGCAGGUGGAGAUAUAGCAGAGUGAUCAGAUAUGUGUGCACCCAUAAUGGCGGCAGCCAUGGUCAUUAUGUUUCAAGAACAACUAAACGCGCGGUGAAUAAUAGUGAAACGUAGGGUUCCUCUGUUUCCUGUAUCAUUAAUGUCUAUGUUACUUGUACAAUGGUUUAGUCCCAAAUCUCUCUGGUUUGAAUGUAUUGCAUCAUUUUGAUGCCUGACUCACGACACUGCGUAUUUGUAAUUUCAACCAGAUCUGAUGUGUUUUAAA